CUGGAAGGAAGGAAGUCUGAACCAACUGAUGGAUGAUCUGGAAAAUGAUCAGCAAUGACGUCAGAUAUAUAGUCGCUCGGUCAGCAGCUGACAGAAGAAGAAGAAGAGCUUCACUCGUCCAGUUGAAAUCAGGGACAUCUGGUCACCCUACUCUAAAGACAUGCCGUGGCUCCGUCAGAGUCGAGGUUCCCCCAGACUCGUCCUGGUUGUGGUGUGUGUCGCUCUGCUGCUCGACAACAUGCUGCUCACUGUGGUCGUGCCCAUCAUCCCCACAUUCCUCUACGCUAUGGAGCAUCCCAGUCCAGAGCCUCAGACUGCCCAGCCCUCCCUUCUCCCGCUGCCCAGCCACGGUGCAUCCCGGCCGGGCACGUCCCCCUCCCAGUCCCCCUCCCCUGGGUCAGACCUCCAGCUCUCCCCGCUGCCUCGGCCCAGCCGUGGUGCUCCUCCCCCCUCCCUCCCUCCUCUGGUGUCUCUGUUUGACAACUCGACCUUCAGGACUGAGCCGACCUCCGACCCCGAGUCCACAGACCAGACCACAGACCUGCAGGUCAACGAGACCACGGACGCUGCGGCCUCCUCCUGUCUUCAGGACAGUGUGUUUCUGGAGGAGGAGAAUGUGCGUGUUGGUUUGCUGUUUGCCUCUAAAGCUCUGAUCCAGCUGAUGAUCAACCCCUUCGUUGGUCCACUCACCAACAGGAUCGGGUAUCACAUCCCCAUGUUUGCUGGAUUCAUCAUCAUGUUUGUGUCGACCAUCAUGUUUGCAUUCUCAGGGACCUACGCUCUGCUGUUCUUUGCUCGGUCUCUGCAGGGAAUCGGCUCGUCCUUCUCCUCUGUGGCAGGUCUGGGUAUGUUGGCCAGUGUGUACACAAAUGACGAGGAGAGAGGCAUCGCCAUGGGCAUCGCACUGGGAGGACUGGCUAUGGGAGUCCUGAUCGGAGCUCCGUUUGGCAGUGUGAUGUAUGAAUUUGUGGGGAAGAGCGCCCCCUUCCUGAUCCUGGCCUUCCUGGCUCUGUUUGAUGGAGCGUUGCAGCUGUGCAUCCUGCAGCCUUCAAAGAUCUCUCCUGGGAGUGUGGAGGGGACUCCAUUACUGACCCUGUUAAAGGAUCCAUACAUCCUCAUCAGUGCAGGGUCUCUGUGCUUCGCCAACAUGGGCGUCGCCAUCCUGGAGCCGACGCUGCCCAUCUGGAUGAUGCAGACCAUGUGCUCCCCUAAAUGGCAACUUGGUAUGGCCUUCCUCCCCGCCAGUGUCUCCUACCUGAUAGGAACAAACCUGUUUGGUAUCCUGGCCAAUAAGAUGGGACGGUGGCUUUGCUCCAUGUUGGGGAUGUUUAUCGUUGGCAUCAGUCUGCUGUGUGUGCCUUUUGCCACCAGUAUCUACGGUCUGAUUGGACCGAACGGAGGUCUAGGCUUCGCGAUAGGAAUGGUCGACUCCUCCAUGAUGGCCAUCAUGGGUUACCUGGUCGACAUCCGCCACGCCUCCGUGUACGGCAGCGUCUACGCCAUCGCUGAUGUGGCGCUGUGUAUGGGCUUCGCUAUUGGACCGUCCACAGGGGGCGCUCUGGUGCAGGCGGUGGGUUUCCCUUGUCUCAUGGUGUUCAUCGGGGUCAUCAACAUCCUGUACGCGCCGCUCUGCUUCCUGUUGCGUAACCCUGCGGUCCGAGAGGAGAAAAUGGCGAUCAUCGACCAGGAGUGUGUGAUGCACAGGAAAAGCUACAACACACAGAAGGAGAGUCGUGAGUUUCCUCUGAGCGACUACAGUGAAGAAGAAGAGACGGAGGAGUGACACAUAUACACACACACACACACACCUGUCUAUGUUGUUGAUGUAGUCUCCAUGUUUCACCUUCAUCAUCAGACUUCCUGUCGUCACAGUCAGAACCAGAACAGACGCCGGACAUUUCUUAAAGGGACAGUGUCUUUAAUUUCUUGUGCAGGAGGAACCGGCUCCACUGGUUCCUGCUGGAAACGUCUCAUUCAUUCUCCUCAUAGACAUGAACAUCAACACGAAACUCUCCAGGUUCAAUGGGCCUCAUUCACCAAUAUCGUCUUAAGUAU